AUGGCCCAUUUCUCUAUCGCAACUCGUCCUCCUUCAACAUUAUCGUACCUCUCACCCUUCAGCUCCCCUCCUAUGGAAGCGUCACCUCUUACUCGCCAGCCUCAGCCCGAGGUCUUUACCCCCAAGAUCAUCCAGCUCUACGAUUCUCUCUUCAAGGAUGACUACGACGAUGAAGAGAAGACAGAUGGCUUCUGGACAGAGUUUUUCCUCCUCAGACCCGAUCGCGCCGCCCUGAGACGUAUCCUUAACGAGUUGAGCCCCAGCCAUGUCUUGUCGCUCGAUGUGCGGACGCAGGAGCUCUUUGCGAGGGGUAUAGCUGCGCUCAAGGGCUCGCAUAGCCUUGCGCAGCUGCACGCGCUGGACGUGAGUCGUAUACGACCGCAAUGCAGUUCGCGAAUUGGUCCUAACAACCGAUAG